GUGACAGGGUCGUAAAGAUGAGAAAGAGAAAGCAUUCUGCACAGUGUUCUGGCUGCUGAAGACCGUCGUACUACUGCAAGUUGUGCUGAGCAGCUGAAUGUCUUCAACACAAAGAUAACAGUGCUGUUUUUCAGCCAAAGUUUAGCUUCAGUAUGUCAGAGGAGCGAGGAAAGGACUCUCCAUCUGAGAUGAGUGUCUCAGAGGAACAGAGUGAAAAAUUGGGCCUUCAUGUGUCCUUCAGUGAUGAAACACCAUCACAAGCUAAAAGUGAAAGAUCAGGUUCACCUGUGCCCAGUUCUGUGUCUAUGAGGAGUGACCGUUCAAAAGGUGAUGGACCGAACUUCAUUGAGAAAACUCCAUCAUCAUCUAAAAGAGUAAGAUCAGGCUCACAUGUGUCCAGCUCUGUGUCUGUGAAAAGUGACCGGUCAAAAGGAGACGGACCAAAUUUUCCUGAGGAAACACCAUUUAAAAAUAGUGUAAGAUCAGGCUCACUUGUGUCCAGUUCUGUGUCUGUGAAGAGUGACCGGUCAAAAGGUGAUGGACCGAACUUCAGUGAGAAAAAAACAUUACCUUCAAAAAGUGUAAGAUCAGGUUCACAUGUGUCCAGCUCUGUGUCUGUGAAGAGUGACCGUUCAAAAGGCCACGGACCAAACUUCAGUGAGAAAACACCAUGUAACAAGAGUGAAAGAUCUGAAUCGCAUGUGUCCAGCUCUGUGUCUAUGAAGAGUGACCAUUCAAAGGGAGAUAGACCAAACUUCAGUGAGAAAACACCAUCACCUUCCAAAAGUAACAAAGGACAAAAGUCCACAGUAAAUAUUGGUGCAGAAAUCACACGGUGGGAUGCUCUGAAAGCACAGAAGGGAUUGAAGAGUGAUGUGGAACUGGCAACUUUUCUUCUCAACAGGGUUCAGUUUGAGAAAUCAGACACAAACUACAAGAAUUACCGCAACCGCAAGAAUUUCAGAGAAAAUCUCCUCUGGAUCUUCAAGGAUCUUGAGAAAAAAAUAAUUGCAUUUCUGAAGAAUGAGCUGGGAAAGUUAAAAAAAAUAUUAAAUAGAGAGAAUACACAGUACUUUGUGCAGGACUUUAUAGAGGAGAUGCGUGAUAUCAAAGAAGCAGCUCUUGAUAUCACACUUUACUUCCUGAGAGAUAUGAAGCAAUGUGAGGCUGCAGAUGCUCUACAAGAUGAGCUGGUCCUCAUUCAUCAGCGACCACUAAAAUCAAACCUGAAGAAGAAGCACCAAUCUGUAUCUGAAGGAAUUGCAAAGCAAGGUGACUCCAAGAUUCUGAAAAACAUCUACACAGAUCUCUGUAUGACUCUGAGUGUUAGUAAACAAGUUAAUACCCAAAAUGAAGUAGGACAAGUUCAGGCUGCUGACAGGCGUCAUGAAUCACGAGAGAUUCCAGUUGAAUGCAAAAAUUUGUUCGAAGCACCUGAACAAGACAAGGAGAUCAGAACUGUACUGACAAAAGGAGUUGCUGGCAUCGGAAAAUCAAUCUCUGUGCAAAAGUUUAUUGUGGAUUGGGCUGACGGUAAAGAAAAUCAGGAUAUUACUUUCAUAUUUCCUCUUGCAUUUAGAGAAAUGAACUUAAAGGAGAAAGAGACACAAAGCUUGACAAGUCUUAUACAUCAGUUUUUCCCAGAGAUAAAAGGACUAAACCUUGCAAGAAAUGAUAAAUUUAAAUUACUCUUCAUCCUUGAUGGUUUGGAUGAAUGUCGUCUUCCUCUGAACUUUGAGGGUAAUGAAACAUGUCGUGAUGUAACCUCACAAGUCUCUCUGGAUGUUCUCCUCACAAACCUGAUCAAGGGAAAUCUGCUUCCUUCUGCUCUCAUCUGGAUCACCACCAGACCAGCAGCUGCCAGUAAGAUUCCUCCCGAAUGUGUUGACCGCGUGACAGAAGUACAAGGAUUCAAUGAUGCACAAAAGGAGGAGUACUUCAGAAAAAGAUUCACAAAUGUGGAUCUGGCCAAUGAAAUUAUUAAUAAUGUUAAACAAUCAAAGAGUCUUUUUGUCAUGUGCUACAUCCCAGUCUUCUGCUGGAUUACAGCCACUGUUCUCCAGAACAUUUUAGAGGAGAAAAGAAAUAAUGAUGUGAGAAAUCAGGCUGAUGAAGACUUCAAAACACUGCAGAAAUCAAAUACUGAAGACACUCCUAAGACUCUGACACAAAUGUACACACACUUUCUCCGCUUUCAGAUGCUGCAGAGCAGACGAAAAUAUGAUGGACAAUUCACACCAGAUGUUUCCUGGGAUAAAGACGCCAUCCUUUCACUGGGGAAACUGGCAUUUCAACAACUGCAGAGAAACAAUCUGCUCUUUUAUGACACAGAUCUGGAAGAAUGUGGUAUUGACGUCUCUGAAGCAUCUGUGUAUUCAGGCAUGUGUACCCAGAUCUUUAAGGAGGAAAAAGGGAUCAUUCUUGGUACCACUUUCUGCUUUGUUCACUUGAGCAUUCAAGAGUUUAUUGCAGCCCUUUAUGCACAUCUGUUUCUAGACAUCUGCAAGAAAAGUGUGUUUAAUCAACAUGAAUCUACAGAACAAGAAGACAAAAAUGAAACCAUGAUUGAUUUGCUCCAGACUGCAGUGAACAAGGCACUUGAGAGUGAAACUGGACACCUGGACCUUUUCCUUCGCUUUCUUCUUGGUCUGUCACUCCAGACCAAUCGUCCAUUCUUACGAGGUCUGUUGACACAGCAAGACAACAAUGACGAGAACUACAAGGAAAUAGUUGAGUACAUCAAGCAGAAAUUAGAAGAUAAGAAGAUGUCUCCAGAGAGAUCCAUCAAUCUGUUCUACUGUCUGAAUGAACUGAAUGAUCAAACUCUGGUGGAAAAGAUUCAGACUCAACUUAGAGAAGGAAGUCUCUCAUCUUCUGAUCUUUCUCCUGCUCAGUGGUCUGCUGUGGCCUUUGUGUUGUUGACAUCAGAGGAAGAGAUGGAGGAGUUUGAGCUUCAGAAGUUCAAGCAAUCAGAUGAGUGUCUCUUUAGGCUACUGGAAGUUGUGAAAAUCUCCAAAAGAGCUGUGCUAAAUGAUUGUAACUUAACAGAUGAGAGCUGUACAAAUUUGGCUAAAGCUCUUGGAUCAGAUAACAAUCUGAUAGAGCUGAAUUUGACCAAAAAUAAUCUACAGGAUUCGGGAGUAAAGCAGCUCUGCAUUGGAUUGGAGAAUAUUAUGUGUAAAUUGGAGAUACUGAAGCUUAGUAACUGUGAUCUAACAGAAGAAAGCUGUUCAGCUCUUGCUUCAGUUCUCAGUUCAGACUCCAGCAGUCUGAAGGAACUUGAUUUGAGCAUUAAUAAUCUACAGGAUUCAGGAGUGAUGCUGCUUUCUGAUGGACUGAAAGAUAAAUGUAAACUGGAGAAACUCAGACUCUCAAACUGCAGUAUCACAGAAGAAGGUUAUAAAGCUCUGGCUUCAGCUCUGAGAUCAAACCCUUCACACCUGAUAGAGCUGGAUCUCAGAGGAAAUGAUCCUGGACAAUCAGGAGUGAAGCAGCUCAGUGAUUUACUACAGGAUCCAAACUGUCAACUGAAGACACUGAGGUUUUUGAGUCAGGAUGCAGAAAGGGUUUCUGAAUAUGUUCCUGGACUUGUGGGUAAAAACCUGUUGCUGGUAAAAGAGUUGAAUCUGAGUGAUGUUAAACUAGGAGACACACGAGUGAAUCAGAUCGCUGCUCUACUGCGGGAUAAACACUGUAAACUCAACACGGUGAUUCUGUGUGGAUGCAGUAUUACAGAGAAACAGUGUCUCACCCUGACUUCAGCUCUGAAAUCAAACCCAUCACACCUGAGAGAACUGGACCUCAGUGGAAAUAAACUAGGAGACUCUGAAGUGAAAAACAUCAGUGAUCUACUGAUGAACCCAAAAUGCAAGCUGGAAAUACUCAAUUUGUGUAAAUGCAGUAUUACAGAGAAAUAUUGUCUCAGCUUGACUUCAGCUCUGAAAUCAAACCCAUCACACCUGAGAGAGCUGGACCUCAGUGUGAAUCAGAUUAAUAAGACAGGGGUGAAUCACUUGUGUGACGUACUGAAGGAUUCACACUGUAAACUGGAGAGAUUGAGUCUAAAUGACUGCAGCAUUACAGAUGUUGCUUGUUUGGCUCAGUCUUUGGAUAAGAAGACAUCAUUACGUUUUCUAAAAGAGCUUGAUCUGAGUAACAAUACAAUAGGAAACUCAAAGAAGCAGCUCACUGAGGUGCUAAAAGAAUCAGGCUGUGAACUGAGACUAGACCGUGAAAGCUUGCUCAUAACUGGUCUAAAACGCAUUGGUGGAUGGUUUGGGUAUUCAAGAUGAUGUACAAACAGAACCCUUCAACUACAGGUUGAUCAGAGAACAGAUGUGUACAGUAAACAGGGGACUGGAUCUUUAGUAUAAAUUCUUCAUGAGUCAUGUAGUGGACAAUAGGAUGGUAACACUUAAAAUACACCUUCCACUCAACAAUGAGGAAAGUUUCAUGUCAAUGUGAUCAGGUUUAUGUGGACAGUCAGGCAGUUUCCACCUAGUAAUAGGAUGCAUUUCAAAUGUGUCUCAGUUCAAACUUUGUCAAGACUCUCUCUUCUUGUUUCUUCCCCUCUACAUCACUUUCACAGCAGUGCUAAGUGCUGUGUGUUAACAGUGCAUAAUACAUAAUGUUCAUUUAUUCAACAAUCCUCCUUUAUUGUAUUUACAGUGUAAAGGGGAAAUUCAUUAGCUGGUGUGCCAAUGUAAUUCAUAACUGGAUACCAAUGCUUUGAAAUUGAAUAUGAAUUGAUAUGGAAUGUAUUUCUAUGUAUUUCUAUGUAAAUAAAUACUUUAUACAAAGUUUUAUGCACAGAUGCAGCAUUGACUUUAAACAUUUGG